GGGGAUGUUCUUUCGCCCAAGCCUGGCAGAGAUAUCAGAGGGACCUGGGGCUCCUGGUGCUCCCUCCAAGAGACCGCUAGAGAGGAUAAAUGACCAUACCACUUAUGCAUAACUGGAUCCAGGUCAACCAUGAGGAUUAUCUCCUGUCAGUCGACUCUCGGGGCUGUAGUUGUUCUCACACUCACUGUGGUGUCCUGCGUUGAAUCGAAGACCACACAGAAACCGAAGUACCAGUACACCAAGAAGCCAGUCCCUCAGAUCACAGUGUACAACCCUGCCACCACCAGCAUGCCCAAGACUCACAAGAUAGUCCCGACUCUAAAACCUGUGGAGCCCCAUCCGCUGCCCCCAAUGGAGAAGACUACCUAUCCAAGCCACAUCUCUCCAAGGUACUACACAGAGAGCCCCGAGGUCCCUGGUGUCGGCCCUGAGAACUACACCCUGGAUUACAACGAGUGCUACUUCAACUUCUGUGAGUGCUGUCCACCAGAGAGGGGCCCCAGGGGGCCAAAGGGAGACAGGGGCCUAGAAGGACCGCCAGGUGACAGAGGCCUUACAGGAGCAGCUGGUUUACCAGGACCACCGGGAGUGAGCGGUCCGAUGGGGUUUAAAGGAGACAAGGGGGAAAGAGGUGACAGAGGAGGCAGUGGGACCGCCGGCCCACCAGGAGUCCCAGGGAAGCCAGGACAAAAAGGUGAGGUUGGCCCAAAAGCUGAGAAAGGUGAAGUAGGGUUGCAAGGUGUCAAAGGUGUUAGCGGGGAGAAAGGGGAGCCAGGCCAGAAUGGAACUGCUGGCGAGAAAGGGGAACCAGGAAAAGAAGGUCCAGCUGGACCUCCAGGAGUGGCUGUUGAAUCAGGACCUAAGGGAGACAAGGGGGAUAAGGGGGAGUGUGGCACAUUCGGGGAGCGAGGACAGAAAGGUGAGCGAGGGGACUCUGGGCCUCCUGGCAUCCCCGGAGCGAUGGGCAUCCCAGGAAUAAAUGGCAAGCAUGGCGCCCCAGGUCCUGUAGGUGUCCGAGGGGAUCCAGGACCUCCUGGAGCACAAGGAGAACCAGGGGUUAGAGGAUCUCAGGGACCACAAGGCAUAAGAGGGAUGAUUGGGCCCAAAGGGGACAGAGGUUACCCUGGGAUGAGAGGUGAGCGGGGCUUUCGUGGAUUUAAAGGUGCGAAAGGAUCAGGGGUUCCCCAGAAACGCUCAGCCUUCAGUGUGGGGAUCUCUCCAAGAAAGUCCUUCCCUCCUUCUGGCUUCCCGAUCCGCUUCGACAAAGUCUUCUACAAUGAGGAGAACCACUUCAACGUCACGUCCAACAGCUUCACAUGCGUCCAUGCUGGGGUUUACGUCUUCUCCUUCCACAUCACUGUCCGCAAUCAGCCACUGAGGGCCACCCUAGUGGUGAAUGGGUCACGGCGGGUAAGGACACGGGACUCUCUGUAUGGUCAAGACAUCGACCAGGCGUCCACUUUGGUGGUGCUGCGGCUGGCGGUGGGUGAUCAGGUGUGGAUGGAGACCUUCAGAGACUGGAAUGGGGCGUAUGCCAGCAGUGAGGAUGACAGCAUCUUCUCUGGAUUCCUGCUUUACUCAGACAAGCCCUGACACGCCACUGAAAAUAUCCUCCUUUAUACUGGACUGUUCCAACGUGACUGUAUCCAUGAAAAGGCCAAAUACUGGUGGUGCUACUUUAUACUCAUCAUUUAUGAA